AGUCCUCUUCCACCCACAUUCUCCCAAACCCCCUUCCCUCUGCCUCCUCUUCCACAUUCGCCAUCGUCUUAAUCUCUCUCUCUCUCGCCCUCUCUUCUCUCGCGCUCCGUUCCCCCACCAUGACGACCGAUCCCGUCUCCGUCCCCGGGUCCCUCUUGCGAGUCAACCAAAUUUCUCGCCAAAGCCUGAAAUCGCCGAUCGGGGAGAUCGGGGAGGAAGAGGAGGAGACGGUGACCACAAUUCCGGAGGAGGGAGCUGUCGCCGGAUGUGGAGAUGGAGGAGGCGGCGGAGGAGACGAAGGGAAGAGGAUGAUGGAAAUGGAGCACGACGCGGAGGACUUGGCUCGGGAGAUGCUGGAGGUGAUAGAUACGGUCCGGUCGUUCGGCGAAUUCCGGCGGACGCAAAGGAAAGAGUGCUUCAGCCUCGUCCGCUGGCUCCAGGUGGUGGCGCCUCUGCUCGAGGAGAUCAAUGAGCUCGAGACCCCCAUCUCCGACGCAGCUUAUGCACAGCUAUGCGACCUCGCCGAGGCGUUCUCUGAUGCAAAGAAGCUUCUGAGGUGCUGUCAUGAUGGGAGUAAGAUCUAUUUGGCACUGGAAAGCGAGACGGUGGGGGGCAGAUUCCAUGCGGUUUAUGAAAAGUUGAAUCGUGCAUUGGCUGGGAUGCCGUACCAUGAGCUCGGCAUUACGGAUGAAGUGAGAGAGCAAGUUGAGCUGAUGAAUGUGCAACUUCAAAGGGCUAAGAGAAGGACAGAUACACAAGACAUGGAGUUGGCUAUGGAUCUGAUGGUUGUACUCCCUGGAAAGGAGGAUCUGGAUGUAGAUAGAGCAAUACUAGAAAGGCUCGCUCGUACAUUACAGCUGCAGACCCUCCCAGACUUAAGAGCAGAAACAAUGGCUAUAAAAAAGAUAAUUAAAGAUAGAUGCGGGCAAAAUGCUGAAAGUACCCAGCAGAUCAUAGAACUAUUGAACAGAUUUAAACAAAUUGCUGGCAUUGAAGACAGUAAUGGGCUAAGUGAAGUUGCCUUGCCUAAAUAUCUGGAAAAGUGUCCAUCUUUGAUGAUUCCUAAUGAUUUCCUCUGUCCCAUAUCUUUAGAGAUCAUGACAGAUCCUGUCAUUGUUGCAACGGGGCAGACAUUUGAAAGACGAAGUAUACAGAAAUGGUUGGAUGCCGGACAUCGAACCUGCCCAAAGACGAGGCAAACUUUGGUGCAUCUUUCACUGGCACCUAACUAUGCCCUCCGAAACUUAAUUCUCCAGUGGUGUGAGAAGAACAAAGUUGAAUUACUAAAAAAAGAGGCAGAUCUUGAUUCUGACCCUGAAGGUCAUGAAGAAGAAAUCUCAUCACUAGUUGAGGAUCUUUCUUCUAUCCAUCUUGAUAAGCAGCGAAGGGCAGUUAAGAAGAUCCGUAUGCUUUCUAAAGAGAACCCUGAUCACAGAAUUGCAAUUGCUCAGAAUGGAGGGAUCCCUGCCCUAGUCAGUCUUCUAACAUAUCCUGAUUCUAAAAUUCAAGAGAACACUGUGACUGCUUUGUUGAAUUUAUCAAUAGAUGAAGGGAACAAGAAGCUUAUAGCUAAUGGAGCUGUUCCUGCUAUUAUUGAGAUUUUGAAGACGGGCAGUGUGGCGGCUAAAGAGAAUUCAGCAGCAGCGUUAUUCAGCCUGUCUAUGCUUGAUGAGAUCAAGGUGAUGAUUGGGAAUUUAAAUGGUAUACCCCCAUUGAUAGAUUUAUUGCAAAAUGGGACAAUUAGAGGCAAAAAGGAUGCUGCUACUGCACUCUUCAAUUUGGUUCUAAACAGUAAGAACAAAGCUAGAGCUAUAGAAGCAGGCAUUAUAGCACCUCUACUUCAAGUACUGGGUGAUAAGAACCUGGGUAUGGCUGAUGAAGCUCUCUCGAUACUUUUUCUUCUGACGUUACAUCCUGAUGGGUGCAAUGCAAUAGGCCAGCAAUCGUUCAUUCAAACCCUGGUGGAAUUUAUCAAGGAAGGGACCCCCAAAAACAAGGAAUGCGCAAUCGCUGUUCUUCUCGAACUGGGAUCGCAUAAUUCAUCACUUUUAUCAGCUGCAAUCCAGUUAGGUGUUCAGGAGCACUUAGCCGAGAUCUUAAAAAGUGGAACUGACAGAGCUCAAAGGAAAGCAAAGGCCUUAAUCAGCAAGUGUGAACAAGUACAAUGAAGCUUGGGAAGUCUCAUUGUCCGGUCACCUUUGUUUUGCUUCACAUGUAAAAGCAGCAAAUUGGAUAUAUUCCUUGCAUGUUUUGAUGCUUUCGGAUUAUAAAUCAACAUUGAGAAAAAAAGCUUAUUUCCAAUUUAGUGAAUGCCAUUUUUUUAAA